UCUACAAUCAAAAGCACUCAUAGCUUUUAGGUGAGCCACACUGGCUUAUUUGCUGUGGAGUUUUCAAGAGCAUAGAAUCUUCCUUUUCACUAUCAAAAGAAGAUGCUGUUUAAUUUUAGGAUCCUGUUGAACAAUGCCACUCUGAGAAUUGGUCACAAUAUCGUGGUUCGAAAUUUUCAGCAUGGACGACCACUACUAAAUGAAGUACAGCUGAAGGGUCGUGACUUCCUGACUCUAAAGAACUUUACAGGGGAAGAAAUUAAGUACAUCCUAUGGUUAUCAGCAGAUCUGAAAUUUAGGAUAAAACAGAAAGGAGAAUAUUUGCCUUUACUACAAGGAAAAUCCUUAGGCAUGAUUUUUGAGAAAAGAAGCACCCGAACAAGAUUGUCCACAGAGACAGGCUUUGCACUUCUGGGAGGACACCCUUGCUUUCUUACCACUCAAGAUAUUCAUUUGGGUGUGAAUGAAAGUCUCACGGACACAGCACGUGUGUUAUCUAGUAUGACAGAUGCUGUGUUGGCUCGAGUAUUUAAGCAUUCAGAUCUGGACACGCUGGCUAAAGAAGCAUCCAUCCCAAUUGUCAAUGGACUGUCCGAUAUGUAUCAUCCUAUCCAGAUCCUGGCUGAUUACCUCACACUCCAGGAACACUAUGGCUCUCUCAAAGGUCUAACCCUCAGCUGGAUAGGGGAUGGGAACAAUAUCCUUCACUCCAUCAUGAUGAGUGCAGCAAAAUUCGGGAUGCAUCUUCAGGUAGCUACUCCAAAGGGUUAUGAGCCAGAUCCUAGUACAAUCAAGUUGGCCGAGCAGUAUGCCAAAGAGAAUGGUACCAAGCUGUCAUUGACGAAUGAUCCUUUGGAAGCGGCGCGUGGAGCUAACGUAUUAAUUACAGACACUUGGAUAAGCAUGGGACAAGAAGAAGAGAAGAAAAUACGGCUCCAGGCUUUCCAAGGUUACCAGAUUACAAUGAAGACUGCUAAAGUUGCUGCCUCUGACUGGACAUUUCUACACUGCUUGCCCAGAAAAGCAGAAGAAGUGGAUGACGAGGUGUUUUAUUCUCCACGAUCACUAGUGUUCCAAGAGGCAGAAAACAGAAAGUGGACAAUCAUGGCUGUCAUGGUGUCGCUGCUGACAGAUUACUCACCCAAGCUCCAGAAGCCGAAGUUUUGAUGCUGUGCUACGUGCCAAGAGGAAAAGAAUAUUCUUCAGUAACGGAAUGCAUCAGUUUAUCGGGGAGGAAAAAGAGAAUCUAGGCAGAAACACACCCCUAAUACAUGGUGUGGGUGAACUGCAUGAUAGUGCUUUGUCACCGUGAGAUCUUCCUGAAGCCCUUAAUUUAAGCGCUAAGGCCCUGUAACACAGUGCUUGCCUUGGUUUAAAUUCUGUCUCUCUCUGUCUCUCUCUCUAAUUCGCAAUCUGUGAAUUACAUUUGGGUGUCACAUUAAUUAUCAUAUGUAUUUGCUUCAACUAGACAUAAAUUGUGUUCAUAGUAUAUAAUAUCUAAGUCAUUAAAUUUAAUCUGUGCUUUUUACCUUAAAAAUGAUCCCCCAUACUGAUUUAUAAGUAAACACUUGCCUGGCAGUCAGCUCUGUGGUCUAUAUUCAUGUGCCCCAGGACAAGUGAGGGAGCUAAAUGAUAUACUUCACAGUUUGCAGGCCAGUGAGGAAGUGUUAGCAAGCAGCUCUCACUGACACCCAAAUAGGAGUUUUUUCCUAUCACUUGUGAGAGGAGAAAGAGUCCUUCGAGUGCAUGCAUAUCUUCUCUGCAAUGAAGGCUUAAUGUUGCACAUCCAACAAAGCUUUUGUUAGCAAGUGUACCAUGGACACCUCGCCAGAAAGGUAAGAUCUGUUAGAGAAUAAAAUUUCCUUAGGUUCAAUUUCUGAGCAGGGGCAAUUUAAUUUUUUCACAUGUAGUCUUAUCAUGCAUUUACUCCCAGCAAAUAGAUAGUUCCAUAAACCUACUACUUGCCACAUUUUUGUGAGUCUUUUUCUGCCAAUUUUUCUUUGGGAUAAUUAAAAUUCAGAGUUUCAAAUUAUUACAAUGCAAUUAAAGCUAGAUUUCUCUUGUGGGUGACCAAAUAUGUACCAUUGAAUUAUUAUGAUAUAAUGUAAAAUGUUAAAGGUGGAACCUUUAAAAAAAAACACAUUUUACAGGCAGCGAAAUAAUGCCAUUUCCUUUAUAUUCUACCUCUACUAGUGGAAUAUUUCCUCCCAGUUGACUGAUAUUCUCCCACAGAAAACUAUGACUUGAAUGAGUAAGAAAGCGAUGAAUUACAAAUUAGAUUUGCAAUGAAGAUGCAAUAAAACAUAUUCUGUUGGGGGAGGACUCAUGAUAUUACAAAAAAGAUCAAUUUUUUCCGGUAAAUGUCGAAGGUGACUUUCACAUCUGUGGUAAUUUAUUGGAAGCACUUAAGAAAGAGAGUAGAGUUUAGUGGAAUAUCUUCUUUCAGCAGAGACUAUAGAAAUGAUUUAACCAGAAGUUUCCAUGUGGACUGUGCAGACUUGUCCUCAAACUUCCUACAUAGAAGGGACAUGAUCAUGAGCUCUCAUAGCUUUUCCUGGUUGUUCUUUGACCCAAAGGAAUGGUAUAUUCGUCCUUCAACCAGAAAGAACUUCCAAUCGUUUUCUUGCCAAAUUGCAGUCAUUUCUUCCUCAAAAAGCCCCAAAGCUUUCCUUUUCAUGUAAAUAAAAUUUAACAACUUUCUCAAACCAA